UAUUUGUAAGUAGUAGUCGUAGUACUCAAUUGUUGGUAAUCAUUUAGUUUUAUAUUUCGCUUAAAUCUUUAAUUAAUACUGUCAGUGUAUUACUGAGUGAUGUUAGUUUUCUCGUGAGAUAUCGGGUUGAAAUUUUAGCCAAGUACAUUACGGAUUUGUGAUUGAAGUUUAAGAUUUAUUUUAAAAAAAUGCAUAGAUUUUUGGUAUAAGAAUGUUGGAGCGCUACCAUUCUUUGUAGUGUUUGAGAAAUUUCGUCAAAAUUUUGCCGAAACUGGAGUACCAGCUUAUAUGACAGGGAGGAAGCUGUUGACAUGAUCAUGCUUUCUCAUAAAGAAAUCAAAUACUCCAGUUGCCUUGUUGACUUUUAUCAUCAAGCAUUUGAUCAUGUUGACAAGACUUGACUUCAUGCCCAAUGAAUGAGAUCCAAAGGAUUGCAGUUGGAGAGAGAAACGGCGUUUCAAGUGACAUCGCGGACGGCUGGUCUGCGAGGGAUACGAAGCCGACGGUGAGGCAAGGUGGGCAAGGUCGGGACAGCGCUACGACAGGAUCGGGCGGGAGGUGGCAUACCAACUGCAGCGCGCACGCGGACAAGUUAAUUAAUGCAAUAAGAAACAAGAAUACAGCAAGAGACCUCUCUACUGCAGUGUUAAAACUAAUCUCUCAGCUGGAGAUGUCUGCUUUAGCAGAAUAUGAAACUGAUAAGUAA